AUGAUACUUUUAGAGCCAGAGAACGUAAUUAUUAAGAAAAUCUUCAAUGAGAAGCUUAUCAAGCCAACAUCUGUGGAUCAGACAUUCGUCGACUUUGACGGCGUUAGAUACCACGUAUUCACACCAAAUAACAAAGUAAAGACUGAGCUCAUCUUAUCCAUUUCCCUGGCUUGCUGGUCAGAAUUGGAAUCAUUUGGGGCGUAUGAUGUACUUUUGCAGCACUACGGCAGCAGUCUGGCUAAAGGUUUAGAGGCUGGAUACGACGUUUCGAUUCAAAUCGAUUUAAAUCAAAUUCCUUCAGAUCCAGAGCAGCGUGAUGGUUUCAUCAACAACCUCUCCCUCCUCAAAAGAAACGCAAUGAGCGCUCCAUUCUUACAAGCAUUUCAAACUCAGAAGCAACUCGAGGGCAUGCAAGUUCCAACGGAUGGCUCACCAGCUCCUCAGGGUCCUUUACUCGAAAUACAUUACAGAAAUCAGGAGGCUAUAUACAUUCAAGCCGGUAUCGAUAGGGUCACCGUCAUCUUCUCCACCGUAUUCCAAGAAGAGACAGACAAAAUCUUUGGCAGAGUAUUUUUGCAGGAGUUUGUCGACGCUAGGAAGUUACCAUCGAUUCAAACAGCUCCUCAAGUUCUUUACUCAACGAGGGAACCUCCCCUUGAAAUACGUCACUUGCCAAACUUGAUUAAAUCUGACGACGUCGGCUACGUAACGUUUGUCCUCUUCCCGCGUCAUUUCUCCAAUCAACACGUCGCUGCAUCAACGAUAAGUCGUAUACAACUCUUUAGAAACUACCUCCACUAUCACAUCAAAUGCUCAAAAGCUUACAUGCACUCUAGAAUGCGUACAAGAGUCGCUGACUUUUUGAAAAUUCUCAACAGAGCCAAACUCGAUAAGAGCGAAUCUGAGCGCAAAACAAUUACCGGACGUACCUUCAGGUCACGUUAA